AUGUACAUCUCUGUAGUGCUGCUGGUCCUGACUAAAGUUCUUCUCAUAGAAGUAUGUCAUGCCUUGAACGUGACGGUGAUCCCCGGACCUGUCGUCUCUGCAACGGAGAGGGACAACCUGACCCUGUCCUGCCUGGUCUCCCAGAGAAAGACAAGCACCAGCACUCUGGUCCUCCGCUGGUUCUUCUCCCCUCAGACCUCCCAUAGCCCCGUGCAUCUCUUACCUCCUCCGUCUCCUUCUCCCACCACUGCUCCUGAGUCCUCCCAGGUCCUCAUCGUCAAGAUGGGCAUCAAGAAAAUCAAGCUAUACGGGAACUACACGCGUGGCUUUUCCCAGCCAAAGUUUCGUCUUUACGAGCAAAUUGAAGGAGAAGCGUACCGUUUGGUGAUUCUCAACGUGAGCGGGACAGACCGGGGCUUUUAUACGUGUCGAGUGCAUGAGAUAAGAAAGUACAGGAACAUAUGGAGGGCAUCCUCCAAUGGCAGCAGCACCACACAGCUGACAGUGCAUUUUACACUAGAGGCUCGUAGAGGCGAAGGAAUUUGGCGUCUGUUAUCAGACGUGAAUGUGUGUGCCGUGCUGAUCUGCUCGUUGGGCUUGCUCUCCAUCUUCCUCUUCACUCUCACACUGACCAUCCAGUAUUUCUACAGAAGACAUAGGCUCAAAGCAAGUUAUCUUCUAGUCAAGUGUCCAGAGAGCAGCUCCGGAGAAACGGUAACCAGCACCAGCAGUUCUUCAAGUUCCUCUCCAAGACCACAGAAUAAAUACACAAAGCAUCAAAGUGAUGUAAAAGUGGCAUUAAAACCCCCAAAAUUGCCUGAGGAUCCACCACCACAAACACCGCAGAAAGUGCCUGUGGCUUCAAAAAGACCCCAGAAGCCCAAAAGGUCAAAGGCUCCAAGGCGGUCUCAGCCUCGAGCACAUCAGGAGGAGAGUCUGACCUACGCAGAACUGGAAUUGGUCCGACCGACCGUCGAACCCCCGGCCUCGACCUGUCCCGACCUCGAGCCCUCAAACCCAGACACGGUGUAUGCUCAGAUCCUCUUCCAGGAGAAACAGCUGUAA